AUGCCGGCCAUCGUCAACCUCCUGUUCAACGUGGUCUCCACCAACACCACCAUCUCCUUCACCGUGGUGCUGCCGGCGGUGAGCCUGAUCUCCCUCCUGGUGGGGGUCGGGGGUCACCUGCUGCUGUGGCUGGUGCUGGUGAAGAACCCCCGCGCUCGCUCCAAGCCCAGCUCCGUCCUCCUGCUCAACCUCAGCCUGGCGGACCUGGGGGCUCUCCUCACCCUGCCGUGCGUGCUCCUGGGGGCCAGCUUCCGGAGCUGGCGGCUCGGCGACGGCACCUGCGUCGUCCUGGGAUUCAUGACCUCGGUGACGGUGGGGGUGGAGAUCUUCAGCCUGGCCGUGCUGUCGGUGCUGAGGUAUCGGAUCGUCUCUCCACGGAUGAGACCCCCCGCCAGCCUGGGACGAGUGUUAUGCACCGUGGUUGCCAUUUGGCUGGUCUCAGUAGCCAUGGCGCUACCGAAAGUCACCUACAUCGACUUUGACGGGGGGUGCACGUGGUCAGUUGGUCGGGAGGAGUGGCUGUUCUUCCUGGUUCCGGCCUUCCUGGUUUACUACGUGGGCCCUCUCCUGUGCAUCGCCGUCAACUGUGGCCUCAUCAUCUCUCACCUGCACAGAUGCAGGGGGACGCUGGCCGCCGACAGGCGCAACAAGAAGGCCACCGCCCUGCUCAUCGGUUCCACGCUGGCUUUCGCCAUUAGCUGGUUGCCGUACUACGCACUUGAGUUCGUCAACGUCAUGUCCCCUCAUGUUAGUUCAGCGGCCUCUCCCACGAACAGAUUCGGCUAUAAGGUGUUUUCAAGCACGGCUGGCCCAGGUCAGCAGGUGUCUACGCGGGUUAGCCUGCUCUGGGAAGUGGCGUCCCUGGCGGCCAUUUUGCUGGUGUGCCUGGCGCCCUGCUGGAACCCUCCCCUGUACUUCCUGUUGUCGCGUCCGGCCGUCCGGCAGCUCAGAGCUCUCCUGCCUUCUGUCUUUCACGUGCAGUUUGGGAGGAAACCCGCUCAGCGCUGGCGUGUAGCUCCGGCCCCCCCCACCUGCCCGCCAAUGCCUCCUCCUCCAACACACAGCCUCACGCACCAAACCCUCACACACAGACUGACUCAGUAG